AUGUCUAGCGAAACUGAAAAGAAGCCUAUUCUUGCUCUUCCUUCUACUGCUGAAGCAACAGUGAAGAUGGAUGUGAAUGAUACAUAUAAGCUGAAAGAGUUAGGCCCAGUGGUUAUUAAUGAGGAUGGUUCUAUGAGUAGAAUUAAUAAUUGGCAUGAAAUGGCAGAUAUCGAAAAAGCCAAUGUGAAUAGAAUUUUAUUAAAAAGAAAUAGAGAACGCUUAGCAAAACUUAAAGCAGCAGCAGCUGAAACAAAAUAA